UGCCACGCCCCGGGUAUGUUAUAAAAGGGAACGCGACGGCUCUCUAACUAUCAGUUUACAGACCUAGGUACAAGUUACAACUACAACGUCAUGACGUCCAUAACAAAAAUUUUAAUUUUGAUCGCGACGAUCACCGCCGUCAGCGGGAAGACUAUUGACUUCAUUAUCGAUACGGAUCAGCCCAGCGCUCGGGUUUCCUACCGUGACGAAUUGUUGGAUACGCUGUCCCGCCUGGAGCUGAUCGCCCCCGAAGACGAUGAACCACUAUCACCUAAGGCAGAUACUACCAAUACCAAGUCGAUCGUCAGCCAGCAUGGAAACCAGCAGGAACAACGACAAGCCAGAUGUGCAGACAACGGACCUCAUUCAGCCAUGUCUUUCACUAGUUUUAGACAUUUGUUAAAUGUGCCAAGAUUUCCUAAUGGCGAUGUCGUAGACUAUACCAAGAUCAACAUGGAGGUAUUAAAAUGGAUUCGUCAACAGCUGAUGGUUGAAAUGAUGAAUCGGGUCCAGAAAUCCGAUGUAAAAAACAGAAAUUGACGAUCGUUCUCAAAAGCAAAUAUACAUAUCGUCAAAUAAAAACAUCUCAUCGUUAAUCACGAUAGACGUUAUGUUGAAUUAGUAUUAUAUUUUGAAAGUCUUAUUAUAUCCUUAUAUUAGA